CAAGGGACGACCUGAUCCAAUUGUGAGAUGACCUUCUUAACCAGCAUGGCUUGAUGAAUUGACCGAUUCUGUAAAUCCCGUCCUUCCCACGUUCGCGGGCUUCAUUCAUGGCGGAGCCCAGCCACAGGUAAUGGGGAAACGCUCUCGGAACUGAAGCUUUGCGGCACAUCAGACAGAUUGAGUGUUUUCUAAUGGACUCCGAAAUGCAAUGAUGUUGCAAAGGUAGUUUCUUGAAGCUUCAGGGGAAGUGAUGGACUCGGGCAGUUGUCUCAUGGGGGCUCUGCGCCACUGUCGGCGCUUUCGAGCUCUCAAACCUGGAAGAUCAGUUCACUCUCGGGUGAUCAAGCUUGGGCUUUCGGAUGACGUUUAUUUCGCGAACAAUCUGAUCUCCAUGUACGUGGGUUCCAAUGAAUUGGGCGAUGGAUAUAAGCUGUUUGAUGGUAUGCCCCACAAGAAUCUAGUCACUUGGGGUACCAUGGUUUCCGCCUAUGCUAAUAUGGGAGAGCCUGAGCUUGCUCUGAGAUUGUACCAUCGAAUGUUGGAGUCAGGAUCAGAGACGCCCAACGAAUUCGUGUACUCUGCGGUUCUGAAAGCUUGUGGUCUCUUGGGUGAUCUUGAUUUGGGUAGAACGCUUCAUAGCAGGAUUGCCGAAGCUAAGAUGGAGUCUGACACUGUUUUGAUGAACUCCCUUAUCAACAUGUAUGUCAGGUGCGGGAGUGUGAGUGAUGCCAGGAGUGUUUUUGGAGAAAUACCGCAGAAGACAUCGGUUUCGUGGAAUACUAUGAUCUUCGGGUACUGUGAGGAAGGUUUAAUGGACGAGGCGUUGAGUUUGUUUCAUCAGAUGCCAGGCCGGAAUGUUGUCUCUUGGAACAGCAUCGUUGCUGGUUUUGCAGAUCAGGGAAGCCCGCGUGCACUGGAACAUGUCCAUAUGAUGCACCACCAAGGUUUAGAGCUUGAUGGUUUCACAUUCUCCUGUGCUCUCAAAACUUGUGGUUCUCUUGGUUUGCUAGCUUUUGGGCAACAAGCUCAUGGUUACUUGAUUAAGUCUGGCCUGGAAUCUAGUUGUUACUCUGCAUCGGCGCUGGUUGAUAUGUAUUCUCAAUGUGACGAACUAGGUGAUGCACUCAGAGUGUUUGAUGAAUGCACAAGCUUCAGAUUUUCAGAUCAUGAAAUUUUGGCUCUUUAUAAUUCCAUACUCUCUGGAUAUGUUGCCUGUGGACACAACACGGCUGCUCUCAAACUGCUCUUGGAAAUUUACUGGUCAGGGGUGCGCAUGAAUUCUUACACCUUUAGCAGUGGUUUGAAGGCCUGCUUCAGCUUGCUUGACUUGGGACUUACACUUCAAUUACAUGCUUUAGUUGUUACCAGUGGAUAUGAAUUGGACUAUAUUGUUGGUAGCAUUCUUGUAGAUUUAUAUGCAAAGCAUGGGAAUAUUCAGAUUGCAUUGAGAUUGUUUGACCUACUUCCACAAAGAGAUAUCUUAGCAUGGUCUGGCUUGAUUGCAGGAUGUGCCAAAUUGGGGUACGACUUGUUUGCUCUCUCAAUGUUUAGGCAUAUGAUGGCUUCAGGUGUUUAUGUGGACAAGUUUGUAAUUUCGUGCACUAUAAAAAUCUGUUCAAGUUUAGCAUCUAUCAGAAAUGGUAAACAGGUGCAUGCUUUGAGUGUCAAGAGUGGGUAUGAACUCGAGGAGGUUACUCUUACGUCUCUAAUCGAUAUGUAUUCAAAAUGUGGUGACAUUGAGGAUGGCUUAAAACUAUUUGGCAGCACUUUAAUAAAGGGAACUGUCUGUUGGACAGCUAUUAUUACAGGUUGUGCACAAAAUGGAUGGGCAAUAGAGGCAAUCAGGUUGUUCUAUGAGAUGUUACAAUCAGGGGAAAAGCCCAAUGAAGUUACCUUAUUGGGUGUUCUUGCGGCCUGUAGACAUGCCGGUCUUAUUGAAGAGGCAAAAACAGUAUUCAGUUCUAUGGGAAGUGAAUAUGGACUAAUACCUCAUUGCGAGCAUUACUACUGCAUGGUUGAUCUUCUUGGUCAAUUCGGGCAUUUUGAAGAGGCAAGAAAAUUAAUUUCCAGUAUGCCAUUUAAACCUGAUAAAACCAUAUGGUGCUCAUUGCUGGAGGCUUGUGCAAGUCACGGUAAAACUGAACUAGUUGAUGGCAUUGCAGAAAACCUCCUUGCAAUCUCUCCAGAAGACCCUUCUAUAUAUGUGAUGCUCUCAAACGUCUAUGCAACACUGGGUAUGUGGGCAAACCUGACCAAAGUGAGAAAAUCUGCUAAGAAACUGGGGACUAAAGAGGCUGGAAAAAGCUGGGUUGAGAUUUCAACCUAGAAGUCUUGAUUUCCAGCAUGCGCUUUAAUUUAAAG